UACAGAGACAUAGAUGUCAUUGCUACAAUCGGCGCUGGAGUUACUUCGAUUUAUACGUUCGAAGUGAACAUUGAAAAUAGAGGCAUAGUCUGCAGUAUCGGUGGUCAAGCAACUUGGCGACAGUACCUGACUCUCCCUAAUAUUCUUAAAGAAUUCAAUCCCAAAUUAGUAGGUUAUUCACUUGGGAACGCUAUAAGUACUGAUCCAGCUGCGCAGUUAAACGUCGCCGAAAGUGGCGCUAUGUCUAAACGUAUAACUUUCAUGGCGACAUAUCUGAUCAAUAAAAGAAAAGAUGACCCGAGGAUAGAUAUCAACAAACAUUGGAAGUUGAUUUCGUUGAUGAUUGGAAGUAAUAAUUUUUGCAUUAAUAAGUGUGCAACAUCUCCAUGGUCUAUGUUAAAUGAUCACAAAAUAGAUUUAAUUCAUACUCUUAAAAUAUUAAGAGACAAUUUACCAAGAACUUUUGUUGCUCUUAUACCACCACCUCACUUAAAGGAACUGGUUGCUGCACACCAAGGAAGAGAGUCAUUCCUGUGCUAUUUGGCAUCCAUGAUUGAAUGCUCAUGUAUGUUUGCUUUACAAUUUAGGGAUCAAAGACCGGAAUAUUAUAAAUUAAUUGAGAGGUUUGUAUAAUUUUCCGAAUUCAACUUUUUAAAUAU